CUAAUCCUCAUACGGAAUGGGUUUAAGGCUGGAGUUCACUCCGCUGGUAAGAGAAUGAUACCGCAGGAUAAAACGACGCGUCUGGGGAAAAUGAAGCGUCAAAAUAAUGAAACCGCUAAUCCACCUCUAAAUAUUCCUGUCAAUAGUACGUUCAGCGCUUCGGCUAUUCUGCAGUCAUUGCACAAGCGUGUGAGUGGGAGACAGAAUGUUCUUUUGAAACCGAGGAUAUCAGCCCAGGCUGAUUUCGAGCCCAGGCUGUUGGUUUUGGCCACGAUAGGAAUACUUGUUUUCUCUCAUUCGCUUUCCCUCCCAGCCAAACAGGGCUGCUGUAGAAGCGCAAACCACAAAACUGUGCGCGAAGCCCGCUGCUGAAUAGGAGUUACGCAGCGACGGUGGGCUGGCCCGUUUCUUCCAAUGAACACCCAAGUUGCCUGCUGCGCUCCAGAUCCGCCCACCUGCCCGAGCUAUAAAGGCUACUUUAGUGGGAAGCCGUCCCUCUCCAACGUCCUCCAAAGACGUUUGCUGCUUGCCUGAGCGGUGGAGUCCUGGUUGUGCUGCUUUGUGGGAUCAACCGAAUAGCACAUGGGUCCAGCUGGAGGGUCUCCGAGGACCAAGAGGGGCAUCCUAGAACGUCUUAAUGCCGGGGAAGUUGUAAUUGGUGAUGGAGGAUUUGUCUUCGCCCUUGAAAAGAGAGGCUAUGUGAAAGCUGGUCCUUGGACUCCAGAAGCAGCAGUAGAACACCCAGAAGCAGUUCGUCAGCUGCAUCGAGAAUUUCUCAGGGCUGGAUCAAAUGUUUUACAGACCUUCACCUUUUAUGCCAGUGAAGACAAAUUAGAGAACAGAGGAAACUAUGUAGCUGCUAAAAUUUCCGGCCAGAAAGUAAACGAAGCUGCCUGUGACAUUGCAAUAGAAGUGGCUGAAGAAGGAGAUGCUCUGGUGGCUGGGGGUGUCAGUCAAACACCUUCAUACUUAAGUGGCAAAUAUGAAACUGAAGUUAAAACAAUCUUUCGGAAGCAGCUAGAAGUUUUUAAGAAAAAGAAUGUCGACUUCUUAAUUGCAGAGUAUUUUGAACAUGUUGAAGAAGCUACAUGGGCUGUUGAAACUUUGAAGGAAUCUGGGAAGCCAGUUGCCGUGACUAUGUGUAUUGGUCCAGAAGGAGACAUGCAUGGUAUUCUUCCUGGAGAAUGUGCUGUUCGGCUUGUAAAAGCUGGUGCUUCUAUUGUUGGUGUCAACUGCCAUUUUGAUCCAGAAACCUCCCUCAAAACAGUGAAGCUCAUGAAGGAAGGCUUGCAAGCAGCUAACCUGAAAGCACAUCUGAUGUCACAGCCACUUGCAUUUCACACACCUGACUGUGGGAAGCAAGGUUUCAUUGAUCUACCAGAGUUUCCUUUUGCUUUAGAACCAAGGAUUCUCACCAGAUGGGAUGUGCACAAAUAUGCAAGAGAAGCCUAUGAUUUAGGGAUCCGAUACAUUGGCGGCUGCUGUGGCUUUGAACCAUAUCACAUCAGAGCAAUUGCGGAGGAGCUGGCUCCAGAGAGAGGGUUUUUGCCACAAGCUUCUGAAAAACAUGGCAGCUGGGGGAAUGGUUUGAGCAUGCAUACCAAACCCUGGAUCAGAGCAAGGGCUAGGAAAGAAUACUGGAAAAAUUUGUUGCCUGCUUCAGGUCAACCCUAUUGCCCCUCACUUUCAAAGCCAGAUGGCUGGGGAGUGACCAAAGGAGAUGCUGAGCUGAUGCAACAGAAAGAAGCCACAAGCGAAGAGCAGUUAAAAGAUCUGUUCAAGAAACAAAUUCAAAUCCAGCACUAAGCCCUGAAUGUUUAUCAAUUUCAUGUGUCUUCUGGUCUCACAAGAAGAAUACUGUUGGAUCACAGCAAAUAUGAAAAAUCCAGAGAAAGUUGGUCCUGUUCCAGUCCAAUUGAAAUCAAGAUAUCAAGUGCUCAAUGAGCCAAGUCUCAGACUGUCUACUCAAAAAUAUGCCAUACUUUGUUCAAGUAGGACAUUAUUCCUAGUGAAUGUGCCCAGUAUCAAAGCCAAGUCUUGUUUAUUUCAGAAGGAGUUAGGGACACCUUAAUUUUCUCUGGAUUGUGUCCAUUCUCUGGGAUUUAGACUAGCAGUGGAGUUGCAAACAGUGUUAAAUGCUUCUAAACCCAUUGUCUGCAGUGAAUUUAGAAGGAUGCAAUUCAGUUUAUGAUUGCACUGUUAGUUUGUUUUCAUGUAAACAGACCACUGUUUAAGGAAUGAUUAGAGUAUCAGUAUUGCUUUGGGUAACAUUCUUUUUCUCAGAAUAAGAAUUUUAAAAUAACAAUGAAGUAUUACAACACCUGUGUCAUUUUAAAAUUCACUGAUACAUGAUAACAAGAUGGAACUCAUUCUUCAAACAUUUCUGUUGAUCACAUGUUGGGAACCUGAGAUACCACUACUAUUUCUAAACAUAGUCAAGAAAAAAUGAAGCAGAAAUUCCACUUCUAAAAAUGAAUUCCCCAUGGUCCUAUGAAACCAAACAAACAUCAAAAUGUUAAUGUGUUAAAAUGCUCUUGCAUGUAGCUAAAUGCAUCACUAAUAUCUUUUAAAUACUGAGCAGAGGCUCAAUAGAUGUAGGACUUCAGCAGUAUACAUAUGUAAGAGAAAUCGCUUGUGUUAACACCAAUAAAGAUUUUCAAAUUA